AUGUUUGUGCAAUUAUAUUUAUCAUACUUUAUAUUAAAAAUUAAAAUUUCUUUAAAGCAAUGGAUCCCGUUUUUGCCAUGGAUAAAGAACGCUAUCGCGCCGGGGGACUCACCUAUACAGAAAUUCUAUGAAGGCAGUGUUGUAUUCAUAACUGGAGGUUCCGGCUUUCUUGGGAAGCUCCUUAUCGAGAAACUUCUAAGAGCUUGUACACUAAGUAAAAUGUUUGUGUUAAUAAGAAGCAAAAAGGAUAAACGGCCGAAUGAAAGACUCGUAGAAGUCUUAAAAGAUCCGUUAUUCGACGAGUUACGCAAAGAGAAACCAAAUUUUGCGGACAAGAUAUCUAUAAUACAAGGAGACAUCAGCCAAAUUAGAUUGGGAAUGAGUGAUGAAGAUUGGAAUACAGUCAGCAACCAAGUACACGUUAUUUUCCAUAUUGCAGCGAACGUUAGAUUCGAUGUACAAAUAAAAACUGCGUUGCUAAUGAACGCACGGGGCACCCGAGAAGCUUUGCGUCUAGGCACUGACUGUAAGAACCUCCGAUCAUUCGUGUACGUGUCCACGGCAUAUACACAUGCAACUCGCGACCGUAUUGGUACGGCACUACCCGAACAGUUCUACGAAAGUCCAGCGCCACCUGACGCAAUGAUACAAAUGGCCGAGACGAUGUCGGAUGAGAAACUGGAUGCUAUGACACCCGCGCUUAUCGGCAAGUGGCCCAACACCUACUCAUUUUCAAAGGCCGUUUCCGAGGAAAUUGUUCGUACGAUGGCCGUGAAUCUGCCCGUUUGCGUAAUCAGACCAGCAAUUGGGGUGGCUCUCGGCAUCACACAUAUAACUUACGGCGACGGAAAUAUUAAGUUGGAUAUAGUGCCUGCCGACAUGGUGAACAACGCAACUAUUGUCGCAGCGUAUGAAACUGCCAGAAGACAGGACACGAAGACGACAAAGAUUUACACUGUGAGCAGCUCUAGAAAUCCUAUUUUAUUUGGUAAGAUGACGGAUAUCCUUUUGAAUGUAGGGGAAAAGAUUGCCACUACGAAAGCUAUUUGGUACAGCUACACUAACGAAAUUAAAUAUAAGUAUGUAUAUAAUUUGUUGACUUGGUUACUACACUUCAUCCCUGCAUACAUUUUGGAUGGUGUAUGUCUAUUGAUCGGAAAGCCUCGCAUGUUCGUGAAAAUUUAUAAAAAAGUGGAAAAAUUGAGUUUAGCGCUUGGUUUCUUUACAACACAUGACUGGAUUUUCAAAGACGACAAUCUGCGUGACCUGUAUCAAAGUAUAUCGCCAGUUGACCAGAAAAUAUUUAAUUUUGAUAUAAUGUCAGUUGAGUGGGAAGAGAAAUUGAGCUUUUGGGCUGCCGGUGUUGUGAAGUAUCUGCUAAAGGACGACCUCAAAAACAAAGACAAGGCGUUAAGAAAAAAAUCGAUGUUUAGAAUUUUACACUACAUUGUAUCGGUGCUAUAUCUAUACGUUCUAUGGAAAUUAUUUAAAUUCUGUAUCGACAUGCUAUUACAUUUGUUAAUGUGA